AUGACCAAUCCCCCAGACGCAUGUCCGCCCACCGGUGUACCGGUAGCCACCUUAGCUUCAAUCGACGUUUGGCUGGAGUAUAACUUUCCCGACAAUAAUAUACCACAAGCACAGGACUAUUCUAGAUUGGAGGUUGGUCUUCUUGAACAAGAGCCAUCUGCUGUCCCCCAUCCUCAACUGCUAGAGACUGGGACAGGCGUCGCAAUCCUGCAAGCAGUGCCUUCCGAGGGGUUUUCUGAAGCUCUUGAAUCACAGUCUUGUUGCAUAUCUGAAUAUCAAUCAAACUCGUCAUGCGACGAACUCUUCCGGCUGUUCGACCUUGGAAUUCGAAGACUGAUUAUUUCCAACUCUAUCAAAGAUCCCACAAUUCGUGUCCCACAACAUGGCACGAUCAAGAGUUUAGCAGAUCUCUAUCCCGCGGUGUUUGAUCCUGGAUAUCGGCAUGAGAUAAACCAGCGUGGAGUCACAAUACCAAUAAUUACGAAAGCCAUAUCGUCUAUGCUGGCAGGAAAGAAAGAUCCCUCCACCAAAACCAAAUUAGCGGAUUUUUUGGAGCUCAAUCGCUCCCACCACAAGGAUGAUCUAACGGUGCGACCUCAAGUUUUAAGUUGCAGGGCUGCACUCCUCUCAUCACUUUGGCGGAUUUCCCAGAAAACUGUGCCCAAGCUAAAGCCGACCAAAAGACGAGCUUCGAUGCUCUCUACAAAUCGUCCAGCGAAAGGGCUGGCUAGGUCAGCAGAGGCCGUGCAUCCCAUGUAUACGGAUCAGCUACAACCCGAGAACGGAAACUCGGGGUUGCAGUACUCCUUUCUGGUACAAAAUCACGUCGAGGACGAAGAAUGUGACGUGCCUCUUCUAAAUAACGAAUCCGAGGAUCAGCUUUUGGACAAUGUCAGCGAGACAAGCUUCACAGAUAUCGGGGGAUCAACCCAAACAUCCCUUGAUACGUUGACCUCAACAAUUGGGUCUUCUCAGACUUCGUAUGGUGAUCACGAUAUCAUGCUUCUCUCAAAUCAUAGCGACUUGGUGGAUUAUUCGGGAGAUUAUGUGACAGAUCAUCAUCCUCGAGAAGAUGAGGAGGCAUACGAUACAGACAUUAUAAUGGCUGACGACCUUUAG